AUGCAGACAACACACACAGGUUUAAGUCACACCGAAGAUGGCGCCGAUGGGCCGACUGGCCGCUGCUGCCCUGGUAAUGCAGGCAUAAUGGCAGUUAAUCCCAGUGGAGCUCACCCUGUUGCAAGAGCGCUAAAAGCCUCCCGAAAUUCCAGCAAAAGCACCGUGCCUUUAACCCAAAGGCCUGGGAUCCGACAUCAUAGAUUCGCCCUCCUCAUACCUUUCCCGACCUCUUUGGAGGCAGAAAUCGCCUGUGGGUCCCUAGCUCCUGAUGUCGAACCACACCAAGAACUGGUAGGGAAGGAGCUUAAAGUGAGCGGCAGCAUGCUGGAGGUACACUGGAUCGCGGGAGAUUCUCGCCUCCUCCGGAUUUCCAUCAUGAACUUUCUUGAUCAGCUUUCCCUCGUGGUGAACACUAUACGUCUCUUUGGGCCUCCGGUUUCCUGUUAAGCCU